AUGGAAACCGCUGAGGACAUCGGUAAAGACUCCUUCUAUGAUGAACUCAAUGUGAUGAUGUCUAAAAUACCAAGCCAGCGGAAUCGACGCAAAUGCCAAGAUUGGACUCGAAGAGCAAUCCGAUGUGCUAAAAAAAAAUGGUACUAUCCAGCAGAGAGCACGUUGGACAAAGGUGGCUGUCUGGUCGACUUAUGUGAAUACACGUGCCUCAUCAUCGUUUCCACGUUUAAGAGGAAUCAUCGAGCAGCUCAGCUCACGUGGCAAGGAUGA